AACUCGUCGCCAAACGUUUGGUCUUCGGUAUGUGUCUCUAGACCCUCCUUAGCAAGACUUGAAUGAAUGCCUAUUCAAGUUAAACUGUAUCUCCAACUUCAGAUCUGUCUCAGAUUUCUCUAUCCGUUAGAGUUGUUUCUUUGCCCUGACUUGCAUCUGAUCGGUCCAGAAAUGGCAGCUGCACUUAUUCCCUCAGCCUUGGAGUUAAUAGCAAGAGUUGAAACUGUAGCAUCAUUAGAAGGGGUGAGGCUGGGCAGAGAUUCUCUAAAUGAACUCCAAAGGCUUAGGAACAACCUUGUGGCCUUAAAUGCUAUCCUUGAAGAUGCAGAGCAAAAGAGAAGGGCUGACGAAGCCAUCGAUUUUUGGUUAGAUCUGCUUACAGAUGCAGCCUAUGACUUGGUGGAUGUGUUGGACGAGUGGAUCACUGCACUCAUGAAGUUGAGAAUAAAAGGAGGUGGAAAAACUUCUAUUCUGAAGGCUAAGGUAGGCUCCUACAUCACCCAUCGUUUACAUACUGCCCAAGUUGUUAGGCAUGAUGAUCUUGCUUUCAAAUUAAAGGAAAUCAGUGACAGGCUAGAUGAGAUUGGCAAUGAAAGAAAUAAUUUCCACUUAAUAUCAAGUUCUGGGUUUCAACACAGCAGACUACGGACUGAGAGUACAGCUCUUGAUGAUGUGUCAGCUAUAAUUGGUCGAGAUGAGGUUAAAGGAGAAAUUGUAAGCAGUUUGUUGUCUGCAUCUACCGAACGACUUGAGACAAUUUCUAUUGUUGGCGUGGCUGGGGUGGGAAAGACAGCUAUUGCUCAACUUGUUUACCAGGAUGAGGUGGUUAAGCAGCAUUUUGAUCAUAGAAUAUGGGUUUGUGUCUCAGAUGUAUUUGACGAGAGUAAUGUUGCCAAAACAAUAAUUAAAGGAGUUGAGCAUGUUGAAAGAUUUGAAGGAGCGGAGUCCCUUGAUUCACUUCCCCUUUCUGCCCUUCGUGGUAGAAUUUGUAGAUCUAUCCAGGGAAAGAAAUUUUUUCUUGUGUUGGAUAAUGUGUGGGCAGAUGACAUGCGACGCUGGGAAGAACUGAUCCAGACUUUCAAACACGGUGCCCCAGGGAGUAGGAUUUUGUUAACUACUCGUAAGGAUACAGUGGCAAACAUGAUGGAGGACUCUCAUGUCCUUCAUUUGGAUCCGUUAUCUGAUGAACAGUGUUGGAUGGUUGUUAGUCGAAGAGCAUUUUCUGGAAGGGGUGUUGAAGAGUGUCGGAAUUUAGAGGAUAUUGGGAAGAGAAUUUCAAACAAGUGUAAAGGCUUGCCUCUUACUGCAAGGAUUCUAGGAGCCCUCCUAAGAUUUAAGAGCAGUAGGAGAGAGUGGGAAGAUAUUUUGUUCAGUGAAUUCUGGCAGUUAAACAUUGCAUUUAAAGAUGUUUUUGUUCCUCUAUUGUUGAGUUAUUAUGAUUUGCCUUCGCCACUGAGACAAUGUUUCAUAUACUGUGCUCUUUUCCCAAAAGAUUUUGUAUACGAUGGAGAAACAAUAGUAUACCACUGGAUGGCACAAGGUUAUUUAGGAUGGGACAAUGAUGAAGAUUUAGAAUUAAAAGGAAGAGUGUACAUUAGCUACUUAGCAGCUCGCUCUUUCUUCUAUAAUUUUCUGCUGGAUACAGAUGGUCUAAAAUCAACAUGGAAGAUGCAUGACAUUAUGCAUGAGUUUGCACAGUCUUUGAUGAUCUAUGAUGGAAUUGUGACUGAGGUCAAUCUAGAAGCCAAUUCAAUUAUCCAUUUUUCUCCCAUAAAAGUUCGUUAUUUGAGGCAAAGUCUAAGAGAGGGGCAUUGUCUUCCUACUUCCAUUCAUGAUGCUAAAGCGUUGCGUAGCCUUAUGAUAAUUUCUGGAGAGAAUGGAAUAACCAACAAGGAUGUGCAGAUCAUUUUUAAUCAAGCAAAACGGCUAUGGUUGGUGGAUUUUGGUGGCAAUAAUGCAUUGGUGGAUAAAAUUCCAAAUGAAAUAGGGAAUUUGGUCCAUUUGAGGCACAUUAACUUCAGAGGAAGUAAAAUAAAAGGAUUGCCUAGAUCUUUGUGUGAGCUGCAUAAUCUUCAAUUCUUGAAUCUUGACAAUUGUGAAUCUCUUCAGAAUUUGCCAGAUGAGAUAGGGAAUUUGAUCAAUUUGAAGCACAUUAACUUUAGUGGAAGUAAAAUAAAAGGAUUGCCCCCAUCUUUGUGUAAAUUACAUAAUCUUCAAUAUUUGAAUCUCGAGAACUGCGAAGCUCUUGAGAAUUUGCCAGACGAGAUAGGAAAAUUGAUCAACUUGAUAUAUUUGGCGACUCUUAACUGCUCCAAGUUGGCCUACUACCCCAAAUCAGCUAGGAGAUUAACAAAUCUGAGGCAAUUACAAGGGAUUGUGCUCAGAGCUGAUAGAAAUGACCCUAAGGAAUUUGCUCUUGGAGACCUAGAAAACUUGAACAAUCUUCGUGAACUUUCCAUGGUACUGAAAGGAAAUGCAGUAAAUGAUAGAGAGCUUAAAAGAGCCAAAUUUGAAAAUAAGACACAUUUAAAGGAAAUCAAGGUGGAGUGACAAG